AUGGCCCGCGCAUCAGUUCUAGCAGACGCUCUCAACUCCAUCAACAAUGCCGAAAAAACUGGUAAACGUCAAGUUUUGAUCAGACCCUCUUCAAAGGUCAUCAUCAAAUUUUUGCAGGUUAUGCAAAAGCAUGGUUACAUCGGUGAGUUUGAAUACAUUGACGAUCACAGAUCUGGAAAGAUUGUUGUUCAGCUGAACGGAAGACUUAACAAAUGUGGUGUUAUAUCUCCACGUUUCAACAUCAAAUUUAACGACAUCGAGAAAUGGACCGAGAAUCUUCUCCCAGCAAGACAGUUCGGUUACGUUAUUUUGACAACUUCUGCUGGAAUUAUGGACCAUGAAGAGGCCAGAAGAAAGCACGUUGCAGGUAAAAUUUUGGGAUUCGUUUAUUAA